AUGGCCGACGCAAUCGACUCGGCAGUCCAAUACAAGCGAGCGCAUCCUGAAGAGAGCUUCCCCAAGGUGGCCAAUCAAUUCAAGGUCACUUCUUCCACUCUCAAUAAUCGAUACCACAAAAAACACGCCUCACAUGCCACCAAUAACCCUCGCAAGCUCUCUGUCAUACAAGAGAAGCAGCUGGUCGACACAAUCAACACUUAUGCCGAACGUGGUACCCCCCUGACCUCUGCGAAAAUAAGAGAGCUCGGGCAAGCUCUCCAUGGCCAUCCCCUGGGCGAGAGAUGGGGCUCAACUUUCGUCGAGCGUCAUCGCGCCGACUUGAACUCCAAAUUCUACGGCUACACCGGAGCUGGUUGGCAAGAUGAUAAUACGAGCGAGAACAACACUGCAAUUCGAAACGGGGAGCUGGACCCAGUUAUAGCUGUUGCGCAGGCCCAGACGGACGCAGAGGUGGCAAAGUCAAAGAUCGUGCUGCUGGAAAAGGAGUUGGAGGAAGUUAGAGCAGCAAUGGCGCUAGACCAGGCCACCAGGGGAAGUCGCGAGGCAGUUCAGAAUCUGGGUGGGGGUUUAUAUGAUCUCAAGUAUAGGGAUGACAACCGUGAAGCGCUGGAGAAGAGGAAAGCGAAAGAAGAGAAGAACAACAGGGGGGGAUCGGGCAAAGCGAGCUCGUAA